AGGAUGCUGAUGUAAACACAACAUAGCUUCAUCCUCUUCCGGGAUUCAAUUGACGAGAUUAACCCAAAUCGCCCUUCUCUCUCUCAAAAAAUAUACCUCUUGGCUCUCCUACACAAUAUGUAUUAAUGCGUAAAAGGUGACGCAAUGGAUUUCUGCAUCAACGUAAAGGUGAAUUUCAGGGGAAAUUCCAAGAAUUUCCUCCUGUCGGGAUCCGAAACCAAAAGCUGGGACUCGAUGGAGGCCAUGGUUAAGCGUUCCUUUGGCUUAUGCAGCCUUCAGCUAACCUAUUUCGACGAGGAGAACGAAGAGGUUUCCAUUAACAGCCAAGCUGAGUAUGAAGAAGCCCUCAAGAGUGCAGCAAGACAGGGAAAUCGACUGCACAUGAAUGUGUAUGAGACCCGCGGUCAACCAGCGAGGAUCUCCACUGGCAAGACUGGUGCAGAACCAAAGCGAGGCUUUAGACCCCCUCAGCACUGUCCUGCUCUUGCCCAGGUGGUCAGUCGCAAGGUUCAGGCGGCCGUGCCAGAACAGGGCAUGGUGAUCAUGAAAGAAGUGAAAGGGGUAAAAGAAGAAGAUAAGACUCCCCCAGCUUGGUUCACGUCUUACAUGGAGAAGUUCAAGGACCAGGUGGUUCGUGAGGCCGUGGAGAAAAUUUGCCGGGAGUUCUCUGGACAGUGCUGCAUCCAUAAGCCCCUGAGUGGAGCAGGGGCAAGUCGAGGGGAUGGAAUAGCUGGAGGUGCCGUGGUACCGGAGGUUUCUUCCUCAACCCUACCCGGAGCUCCGUCUUCCACUCUUCCCUGCUCUUCUUGCAGGGGACAGACUACAGGAGGAGGCUACCAAUGCAGCGUGUGUACAUCUUGUACUCUAUGUGAGCCUUGCAGUUUCUCCCAUGAUCCUAGUCACAAUUUGGUGAGGGCCAGAACUCCUCUCUCAAUACCUGAACAUGGAUCACCUGCCCCUGACCACAGCAGAUUCUACAGGCGAGGCGACCGUAGCUUCCGGAAGGCUGAAAAGCAGCGGUUGAAAGCAGAAAAGCGCCUUUUGAAAGCAGAAGUGAAAGAGAUCCGUAAACAGUUAAGGAUGGAGAGGCGUGGCAUACAAUGGAGCUCCUCUCAGAGAGAUGGAAGUUCUUCUCCUGUACUUCUUCAGCCUCGAGCCACACAGCACAAUAGCCCUGAGCGACCAAAACGCCCCUGUCCCCUGAUGGUUCCAAGCAUGACAGCGACAUUUCUGGAUGAAAACCUUCCCGAUGGAACCCGUCUACGUCCCGGAACCAAGUUCAUCAAGUACUGGAAGAUGAGGAACACAGGGACAAUGAGUUGGAGCUCUGAUACAAAGUUGAAGUUCAUGUGGGGAAACCUGGCAGUGGGAUCCGGUGAUCGUUGGAGAGAAGUGUCUGUUCCUUUUCUACAGCCUGGCCAGGUUGGUAUCGUGAGUGUAGCGUUAUGUGCUCCAUCUGUGGAGGGAUCCUACACCUCCCACUGGCGCCUUGCCCAUGCUGGAGAGCAAUUCGGACCCAGGGUUUGGUGUAGCAUUGUCGUUGACCCUUUGGCCCCUGCCCCCAUGAUGGCUGAUGGGAUACUCGUUUCUCCGUGUAUUACACCACAGCAGGGUAAAAACCCAGUACAAAAGGAUGGAAAGGUUUCUACAGCCUCCCGAAAGCAGCCUCCACUUUCAGUAGACAGCGGGGAAGAAUAUUACAUCCCUUCUGUGGACCUACUCACAGCACAGGAUCUUCUGUCUUUUGAGUUGCUGGAUAUCAACAUUGUUCAAGAGUUGGAGAGUGUCCCGAAUAACACUCCAGCAGACAUGACUCCCUGCAUCUCCCCUCUUCCUCAAGAUGCCCACCUACGGGACAAAAGCAGCCCUUCUUUGGGGCUGAUUCAAGAAGAGACCGAAAUCAUCAAUAGCAUAAUGGAUGUAUCUCACGGGGUGGGUUCUGGUGCUGAGGAUAGCGGAGUACCAGCACAAGAGGAGGGGGAGGAGGACAUCAGCAGUACUCAGUUUGUUUGUGAAACUGUCAUUCGCUCAAUGACCUUGGAGGAGGGUCCUGACCAUACCCCAAUUAGAGCGUCCUGCUCCGGAGCAGUGGUGCGUCCAUCUGUUCAAAUUGGCUCCUGCGUGAAAAGCAAAGCGGUGAAACCGGAGGAACUCUUGGAUAGUUGCCACAAUCCUUUGAAACCACCAGCUAUGCUGAAGUCUUCUUUAUCAUCUCCCAUGAAAGCAUCCCUACCAGCUCCUCUAUCGAUGGUCCCAGCUCAGGUGGCUGGACCCAGCUCAGUACCAAUAACACCCAACACUCCAUCGAUGCCCUCUGCACGACAGCAGUCCGCGACUAUAGGUGAAUGCGAGGGUCCUCGCAAAGACUGCGCCGGUGAGCAGUCCAAAGGGAGGGAAAGUGAGAAAGAACCAGAAUUAAAAGAAGGAUUGAAGAAGAAAGAAGGGAUGAGGAGUCGCUCCUCCUCAACGUCCUCCGAGGAAUACAUCAUCAUCCUUCCUGACUGCUUUGACACCAGUCGGCCACUAGGGGAGUCCAUGUACAGCUCUGCACUGUCUCAACCUGGUGACAUCCCACCAAAUACCCCCGCAGACCCCGAAAUCCUUACCUGUGAACACCCAAGCGGUACCUUGGAGCAAGAGGGAAAAGCACACGAUAUCACAGCCACUCUGGGGACAGGAACAUUGAGCAACAGCAGCGCUAACGACAUGCUUUGCACAUCCCAGACACUCGAUGAUGAGCCAUUGACACCUGAGGUGGUGGCGCCACCUACAGCCAUACUUACACCCGGUCCAGAGAACACUGAAGAAUCCAAAGAAAAUGUUCCAGCUGGGGAAGAAACCGAGCGCUCCAAACUGUAUCAAAUGGAGGAUGCCUUAGGUGCUGAAAAGAAACUUUCAGAAGGAUCAGAAGACACCGAGGUAGCCUGUUCUGGGGACCCCAGCCAUCCAGGGGUCACCAGUGACCUGGUUAAAGGAGCACUGUCAGUUGCUGCUUCUGCCUACAAAGCUUUAUUUACAGGACAAGGCCCGACACAGCCUCCAUUAGAUGAGUCCACGCAAGAGACUAUGAUGGCCGUACUUGUCGAGAUGGGAUUUGGGGACAGAGCACUCAACCAGCGGCUGCUCAAGAAACAUAACUACAACCUCCUAGACGUCGUCAAUGAGCUCAUCCAGCUGACCGACAAUGACUGGUACUCUACACGAUACUGACCGGUGAAAGCAUUUUGGAAAGAUUACAAAUAAUAAUAGAAUUAUUACACCAUAAAAUGGAAGACCCAUGCACAAUAAAGCAUAAAACCGAAAACUACCUAAACUUAAAACCACGAUAUUAAACCCAAAUCACCAUCACGUGAAAUUAGCGGGAGCCCUCAGUUGGGUGUCCACAGUUUGAAACAAUUUGAAAGCUCGAUGUCAUCAUUGAAGUUUAUGCAUGCAGCUGUCUUUUUUUUUUGGCAGUUGUCCACUUUCUCACUCCCUCUUCUUCUGUGUCCUUUCUAUAGUCUGAUUUUUUUUUUUAACUUUAUCAGGCAUCAAAACUUUACCAGAGAUGAAUAUGGAAAAGUCACUUCUGCCACACAAAAACUCAUUCUACCAUAUUGCACACCGUCGUUAAAUCUACUCAGCAGGUUAAACGCGCCCACCAACUAGCAUUACUCUUAACCUCUCUGCAGGAGUGAGGACUAAUGUCAUUUUUGCACAGCGCCCCCAGGCCUCACUCUCAAGGCAUGACGAAUCGAUUUACGCUCAAACCAUCUGUUAUGCUAUGUAACAGUUGCAUUGAUUGGUCAUGGAUGGCGAGUGAGGCACACAGAUGACAUAAUAGCAAGGCAAUUGUGUUUUUUGAGGUUACAUGGUGAACCAAAAAUGUACAUAUUUGGAACUUUUGGGAAAUUAUUUAACUAAAAUAAAAUAAAUUACUUUAUAUAGCAGUUUAGAAAUACCUCUAGUAUUGAACUACAACUUUAAAACCUUGGCAAUAUAAACAAAAUAUAAAAGAAAGCUGGACAAACAUGAUAAAGAGAGUUAAACUAAAAUGGCGAGACAUCUUGAGUUACAGUUGAUUUCACUAAUUUUACCUGGCUGUGGGUUCAAUGAAGUCACAGCUCCACCUAGUGGACAAACAGUGUAAGGACACCAUUCUGCACCACUUAGAUGUCAUUCAUAUAUGUACAUAUGUACUGUUUGAUGAGAGACUAAUAGAAAAAUUGGUCAAAUUUGGGCCGAUGAUGAGACCAGUGCUAUGAUUGGCCGAUUUAAUCGGUGGGAUGAUUAAUAAAUUGAGGCCUAGUUUUGUCAUCUGUACUCAUGCUUAACUGUAUUCACUGUGGUAUUGGAAUUUUUUUUUUUUUUUUCCAAACGUACUGUCUGUCUGCACUGGAGAAUAUUGAUAUCCCGUAUUUGUAUAAUUACACUGUCCUGUUGUUUAUAAACUGUUAACAUUCCGUUACUUAAAAUAGAAAAUAUUCUUUGCGCUUUUCGCUAAGUUUGCCUUACAUGAUAGAAGAGACUUAUCAGCUCGUAUUAAAAUUGCAACGUUAGCGCCACAUCGCAUUUUAUUGACGUAAAUUUGUUAGAUUGAGAAAUUAGUUAUUUGAGCAUACUACAGGUAGCUUUGAGUACUUUGGUAGUCGAAGGCUGCGAUUCAUACUGAACACUACAAUUUUUUACUUUGCUGCCUUCACACAAGAGUUAUAACACGCAAACAUUGUGCACAUUAUCACACUAAACCAUUCGUCUUCUUAAAUGUAUAUAAAUGGAACUUUUUCAAAAUCAGCAAAGACUAUUGGGUGAUUCCAUCAACUUAAAAAGCAAAAUGAAAAGGACUGCUCAGUUAUUUUGGACAACAUCGAACAGUGUUGUGGUAUGGCAAAUUACCCGAUUUCAUCUAAUUGUUCCGAAAAGUAUUUAUUUAUUACAAAUAAUUUAUCUUUAUUCAAUUAUAAAUGCCACUGACAUAGUGACACGUAGAAUAAUUAAAUUUUAGUCACUAAAUGACAGAAGGUACAUAAAAAUUAAUUAACCUAAUUAACCUGUUUUUUUUCCUUGUCUAAAAAAAACGACUACAACAUAUACUGUCAAAUUGUCAAUCUAUGCGUAUCAAUAUUAUGUGUUAUUAAGGACAAUCCUUUUCAUUCUGCCCUUUUUGUUUUGCUCUGUACAUUUUAUGCUUAAAACAAAAUGUACAAAGACAAGCUGUGGAUUCUUGUAUUUUUAGGCUUAAUAUGCAGUGUUUGAAUUUGCUCUGCUGUAUGUGUUAGUCUUUUUCCUUUGUGGGUUUUUGACCAAAAUCUGUUGAAAACGUGUUUUCAGUUUACAUUUUACUUGAAGGAAUCAGAGUUGAAGAAUUAUUUGCAUAAAUAAUACUUAAACGUGUUCUAUUUAAAAAAAGAUAUAGACUGUAUAUCUUGUAAUGGUACUUUUGGUUUUUAAUGGUUGUUUGGCAAAGAUAGCAACUUGAAAUAAAACAUCACUGAUGUUAUUCAAUUA